UAAAGAGGCUGCAGAGUAAAGUGAAACAGGACUCGUCCUCCUCCUGAUCAGAGCUGAGCUGCUGUUCAUCCUCUCUGCUCUUGUUCUUUCAGAGCUGCAGGAUUUCAGCUGAACGUUACAGAAUAAAUGAAGGACGGUCAGACUUUGGACACUUCUCUCCCACAGUGACGUGCUCCUCUGCAGCUCCUCUCAGCUGAAGUGGAAGGAGUUUUGGAGAUUUACACGAUUUACAUCCCAAUCACAACAGCUCUGAGAUCCUAAACCAGACGACGGGACUGAGAAGAGCCAACAGAGCAUAUUCAGAUUCAAACCAGAGACCACUUCACAAUAACAGAACCAGCACUCACAUCAAGAUGGAUGAACUUCUCUGAUCAUGAAGAUCUCCUCUCCACACGGCCCUGGUACCAGCUGAUUUAUACUUUAACAUUGUAGUCACACGUUACUUUCCCCAUGAUGAAUGUUUUUAAGUCAGUUCCAUCACGGCUUGCUGAAGCUGUUAAAGAAAACAGCAAACCGCUAAAAGACCAGACAGGGUCUCUCUCUGUAUAUAAAGUUUCCCUGACAGAAGAACGAAUCAAUGUGGAUGGGUGCAAGCGUUUCUAUUUUGGCAAAGCGUCCACUAAACACAAUCGCACCAUAAUGGUUCUCGGAGCAACUGGUGCUGGCAAAUCUACUCUGAUCAAUGGAAUGAUCAAUUACAUCCUUGGUGUCGAGUGGGACGAUUCAUUUCGGUUUAAGUUAGUUGAUGAGGGUCAGUCGAAGUCACAAGCUGAAAGCCAGACCUCUGAGGUCACAGCUUAUAAAAUCAACCACCAGGAUGGUUUUAAAAUAAACUACUCACUGACCAUCGUUGACACUCCAGGCUUUGGAGAUACAAGAGGUAUAGAAAGAGACAAGAUGAUCGUAGAGCAGCUGCGUAAUCUCUUCUCUGCUCAGCUUGGUGUCAGUGAAAUUGACGCAGUGUGUUUUGUGGCUCAGGCUUCUUUAGCACGACUCACUCCAACACAGAGAUAUGUGUUUGAUUCAGUGCUCUCAAUCUUUGGCAAAGAUGUGGCAGAAAACAUCAGGGUCCUGGUGACAUUUGCAGACGGUCAGCGUCCACCAGUUCUAGAGGCAAUCAAUGCUUCAGGUGUCCCAUGUCCUAAAACAAAGGACGGGCUGCCAGUUCACUUCAAAUUCAAUAAUUCAGCCUUGUUUGCAGACAACAGAUCAUCUGCAGCAGACAGCUUGAGUGGGGAUGAGGAGGAUGGAGGCUUUGAUCAGAUGUUUUGGAACAUGGGGACAAAAAGCAUGAAAAGGUUUUUUGCUGCUUUGAACCAGAUAGAGACCAAAAGCUUGACAAUGACAAAGGAGGUCCUCAAAGAAAGACAGCAGCUCGAGAAUUCAGUUGAGAAUUUGCAGAAGCAGGUUACGCUUGGGUUGGCCAAGCUUGAGGAGCUAAAAGAGACAUCUGAGCAACUGAAAGAGCACGAGGCAGAGAUCAGCAGGAAUGAGAAUUUUGAAAUCGAAAUCACUGUCACAAAGCCUUUUCAGUAUGAUAUUUCUGGUACUGGAGUUUACCUCACCAACUGUCAGCAGUGUCAUUUCACCUGUCACGAUAACUGUGCCUAUGCAAAUGAUGCAGAUAAAAAACACUGUUGUGCGAUGGGAAGCAAUGGACACUGUACUGAGUGCCCAGGCAAAUGUCAUUGGAGUGUACAUCAUAAUCAGAAGUACAAAUGGGAGUACAAGGAAGUUAAAGAAAAAAAAACAGUGAAAGAGCUGAAAGACAAGUACCUGAACGCCACAAAGGCGAAGGCACCUGUGCAGGAACUGAUUGAGAAACUGAGGGCUGAUUAUGAUCAUGUCAAGGCUGAGGUUGUGAAGUUCAUGCAGAGGUCUGCAAAGUGUCUAAACAGGCUUAAAAAGAUAGCACUGAAGCCAAAUCCUCUCUCCACUCCAGAGUACAUUGACAUGCUCAUUGAGGGAGAGAAAUCUGAGGCCAAGCGAGGCUGGAAGCAACGAGUUCAGAGUCUGAUGGACAUGAGAAAACAGGCAGAGUACAUGGCUAAAGUGGGCAGAGGAGAGGAACUCCUCACCUGAUCUGAACAAACCUGCUUGUGGUCAGAUGGUGUGGCAGUGUUUAUGAAAAUGGGGUUGUGUUGUGUUGUUUGUCAUUUUGACAUGAAAUUUCCUUUAAGUUUCUGCUUGCUCCCUAUAUUACAACUGUAAGUGCAAAGGCUUAUUUGAAUAGCUUUAGUUGACGGGGUGAACACGGUAAUAAAGAACUAUACUUUAACUAUUAAUGCACAUAAGGCAGAUGUUGUCACAGACAGGUGACAGUGCCGAUGAUGAAAUGAUGAAUUCACAGUGAGGCUUUAAGCCUUUGUAAAACUAACUGUAUUCUAGUCCACCUGCGACAACUGCUGUUGUAGUGUAGUUAAUAUUGUUGCUAACAGAACAGCCUUUGUGUAUCAUUAAUGUGUGUUGAUUUCUUGUCCUGUGGUUUAAUAAAGUAGCUCGAACUGAAAACUGAAACAAUAAAUCCAAGCUUACAGCUG